AACUGGGAAUUCCUUGGUUGUCGGUGUAUCUUCCUGUAAAAAGUUGCCAUGUUAUUUUGAAAGAUAAAACUGGGACUUUUUCUCCUCCAUCAUUAAACAGGUCUGAAACCAAUAACUGGUGCAACUGGACCAUAUGGGCUGGUUCUCACAAGCAUAUCCUGAUUUACAUAGAAGGGUUUGAAGGAAAGUCAAACUGUGAUGACAAUCAGGAUAGGAUCUUAUUCCAAGGAGUUUUGUCAAGUAUUGAAAACAAAGUAGUUUAUGCUUGCAGAAACCAUGGUACUCUGAUUUUUGCUACUCAAGCAGUAGCAGUCUAUGUAGUAUUUUUGUCAGAAGUUUCUUCUCAGAACCAAAGUCAUAAGCACUUUAAAGGACGGUAUUAUAUAUUUGAAGAUCAUGUAAAUUCUACAAGUGGUGAAAAAUCAGUUUUGAAAUCUAACAGCAGUUGUAGAUCUAAGUCAUAUGUAUUGCAUACAAGACACAGUUUGAACUCUACAGCAACUACCCCAACGCUUGGCAUAGAGAAUUGGCUGUCUGAGACAAAUGAAAAGACUAUUAAAACUGGGACAAAAACAUUUUUAAAACCAGCUGUUGGCAAGCAUAUGCAUGUUUCUCUCUUGAAAUCAACAAAAACGGUUAGCUUGAAUCCAUUUGAUUUGAAGAGAAGACAAGUUACAAAACCAUCUGUUGACAAUGGUAGGACUUUGAACGAAAGCCCUACACUAGGAUCAGAGUCCAAUGAUGCAAAGAAUGAGGAAGAAGAUUUUUCACACCAGCCAGAUGUUUAUUCAACUUCUCCACCCACGUCUCAUAAUCCUCAAAUGAUGACAACAUCAUUGGAAGCAACAAAAAAUCAUGGCGCUUUGACUGAUUUUGACGGUCCUCAGAAUGAUGGUUCUACAACCACACGAUGGGUGACAACACAUGUGAGAAGUAGUGAAGGGGAAAUCACGAAUGCUAUUACUUUUCUGUUGGAAGAACAGAGAAUUCCAGUCCAAUCUCUUAAAAGUAUCCCACCAAAGAUGCAGAAACAAAUGCUUCAAAUGCUGCUUCCUAAUUCUGAGGUUUCCAAGAAAAAGGCAGAUUUAACGGAACCUCCACAACACUUGGAACAGACCAAAAUAUAUAAACGAGAGCAGAUGAACAAUCAAGUGUCUACAGCGGAGAAUGGCAACACUGCUGUGCAAAUAACUGUAUCUGAAGGAAUUGAGGCAAGCCCCUCCAAGUCUACUAUGGAAACCAAAUCCCAUCAUGCCCUGAUUUUAGCCUCUACUGAUAGACAUCCUACUCCUUCUCUGAAGAUAUUUAACAAUUACUUGAUGAGUACUUCCACCACUGUGAAUCCCAAAGUGAUGCCUUCAAAUUGGCUGAUGAGAACUCAGAUAAACACAGCUUUUACUACACAAUACAAGAAGUCAGUAAACAGGAAUAGAGAGCAUUUGCAAAAGAAGCGGAUCAAAACAACGCCAACCAGUAGCAUUCUCUUGAAAGUAAGAAAUAAAUCCUAUG